AUGCACUUCCCAGAGGCUCUGAGUAGACUCUUCAAUGAGCUGGAUAUGGACAAUUCCGGGACGAUAAAUGCGGCCGAAUUGAAGAUGGCUCUCGAACAACACAGCGGUAAACGUAUGCGAGAAGAGGAUGUGAAGAAGUUUCUGGCGACUCUAGAUGCCCACAAGGACGGUGAGCUCAGCAGGGAAGAGCUGAAUAAAAUGUUUUCUUGA